GCUGGCUAUGACGUCAGGGAGACGAUGGAGAGACGUAAAGGCAGACCGGUGUUGCCCAUCAGUUAUAGCAGUACCUGCCGCAAACUUAUUCACAUUUCACCAUGCUCUCCAUGUCCGACUUCGCUUCCUGUGGCAGCUAUGAGGAGUGCAGCGCCACGGCGGACUGGCUGCGCGCCCACACGCAGGUGCGCCCGAAGGUGGGGAUAGUGUGCGGCUCGGGUCUGGGGGGGCUGGCGGAAAUGCUGAAGGACCCUCAGGUCUUCAAAUACAGUGACAUUCCCAACUUCCCCAGCAGUACAGUGCACGGUCAUGCGGGUCAGCUGGUGUUCGGCACGUUGAAGGGGAAGCCGUGUGUCUGCAUGCAGGGCAGGUUCCAUCUGUACGAAGGAUACCCCAUCCAGAAGAUCACGUUACCCAUGCGCGUCUUCAAGUUGAUGGGGGUGGAGACCAUGAUCAUGACCAACGCAGCGGGGGGGCUCAACCAGGACUACAAGGUGGGCGAUGUGAUGAUCAUCAAGGACCACAUCAACAUGCCGGGAUUUGCUGGGAUCAGCCCGCUGGCUGGGCCUAAUGAUGACCGGUUUGGCGUUCGCUUCCCUUGCAUGUCUGACGCCUACGACCGCGAGCUGCGGCAGCUGGCGCACGAUGUGGCGGCAGAGCUGGGCUACUCGGACUUCCUGCAGGAGGGGGUGUACUGCGUCCUCGGGGGGCCCUCCUUCGAAACGAUCGCAGAGUGUCGGAUGCUGCACAGUCUAGGCGCAGAUGCAGUCGGAAUGAGCACAGUCCACGAGGUGAUUGUGGCCCGCCACGCUGGAAUGAGAUGCUUCGCCCUGUCUCUGAUCAGCAACCGGGCGGUGAUGGACUAUGACAGCCAGGAGAAAGCCAACCACGAGGAGGUGCUGGAGACGGGCCGCCUGAGGGCCCAGCAGCUGGAGAAGAUGGUGUCCACCAUCGUGGCUCGGCUCGACAACGACAACAACAACUCUUUCUGAGCGCAGAUCGGACGCCCUGCUCCACCCAGCAGCAGCACGUUUCUAACAAACACUUCUACAGGUUUUUAGCAAAGAAUUUGAAUGAUAUAUUGUGUCUUAUUAUUCUAUUAGUCUUACAAUCAAUCCCUAACACUGGUCUAUCUGAUACACUCCGUUAAUUUUAUUGUUUACACUUUUUAGCCUUUAAAUGUAUAAAGUCAAAUGUUUCCCUGCUGCUCUUCAUCGCCAGCACAUAAAACCUGACUUGAGUUUUUAAUUUAAUCUAAAUGUUGAAAAGUAUUUAAGGUUCUAGACUUUCACAUUCCCGGAUGUCUGUGCAAAACGAGGGUUUAAGGUGUGCAUGUCUUCAAUGGAGGCUGAUGUAUUUACAAUUCACCUGUAAAAUAUGUUGAAAUAUUUAUACUAAAAGUUAUUUAAGAUAUGUUGUUUUUUUUUAAGAAUUAAAAUGAAAAAGGGAAGAUGUAUAUGUUAAGGGAAUGUCUCCAAAGUAUUUAAAUGAAAUUCUUUACCACUGUUAAUCCACAGGCUGGAUGUUGGACAGUCUGUGCUUUUGUAUGUAUAAACUGUACAACCAGUGGAUAGAACUUUACAUUAAACUCUAAACCUGGAAA